GUUCUAUCUACCAAUUUCCACCCUAAAACCCUCACACUCCCCUUCUUUCUUGGCUUCCCAUCCAAAGUCGCAAGAAUUCCAAAUUUUGCCAGCAUGAAUCCGUUCUUCAACCAAAUUCAUGGCCGAGGAACACCCUCAAAUCCUCCUCCCCAGCAGACCAUGCCGUUCAACCCAAAUCACUUCCCUCACUUGCCAAUCCCUUGCCCAUCCCCGGCUUUUCCCAAUCCUCAGAACCCUCAGCCUGUCAACAUGGCUGCGCAAUUUGGGGCAAUGCAGCAGAACAUGCACAACGCGCUUCAGAACCAGCAGGUUCUUGCCCUUGUGCAGCAGAAUCUGAAUCAGAUUGUUGGUUUGUUAAAUGGGCAGAUUUGCCCACCAAACCCUGCUUUGGUUCCCCCUUUCAGCUCUGGAAUUGUGAAUCACCAAGGUGGUCUUGGUGUUGGUAGUUCUAGUUUUGGUAGUGGUGGUGCUAGUGGUGUGUUGCCAGGGAAAAAUCAUGAAAUGCAGUCUUUUUCUGGUGUUCAUGGUGGGGGGAGGAGUGGUGUGAGAGAAUUUUCAGGUGCUAGUAGGAUGUCAGGAUCCCCGAUGUCCGGGAGCCCAAUGAAAGGUCAACAUGGCAGGGGGAGGAUGAUGCCCCAGAAUGGUGGACGUUACCAGCCUCAGGUCCGUCCUGUAAAGGAUGGUGAAAGUGGUAUUUUAAACACUGAAAGUUCUUCAAACAAUAAUUUCACAAAAACUUUCCAUAGAUCCGGGGAGAGAGAAGCAACACAAAUGAGAUUUCAGAAAUCCCAAUUCCAUCAUGGUAUAUAUGCUAAGGGGGGAGUCAGGCCUUUUGCUAAAAAUGGUGGACAAGGCCAACAAAAUUGGAAAGAAAGAAACCAUCAGUUUAACAAGGGCAGCAAGCAAGCUCCAAUUGAAUGCAAAAGGCCAAUUCCUAUAAACUAUACUGAGAAUGAAAUCAAAGCAUGGCGUGAAGCACGCAGGAAGAACUUCCCCACCAAUGCCAACAUUGCUAAGAAGUUGGCAGGAAAUGUUAAAAAUGUUGAAGAUGCAGAUGGAGAUGAUGCUAAAUUGCGUCGUCAGCAACUUAAAGAAAUCUUAGCCCAGCAGGCAAAGUUAGGUGUGGAAGUUGCUGAAGUUCCUUCUAGUUAUCUCUCUGAUUCUGAAAACCUUGUCUCUAAUUCAAAAGCGGAUCGAAAGGAUUUCCGACAUGGAAGAAAGAGCUGGAAUGCAAGAGGUAGACUGCAGAGGAAUGACAACAAACGGCGAAACAAUCACUACCAAGAUAAGCCAUGUGGUAAAAGGCCUAAGUUCGCAAAUGAUGGCACAUCGAAAAACCCUUCUAAAAUAAGAGAACCAACACUUCUGCAGAAACUUCUAAGCAAAGAGAUUAAGAAAGACAAGAGCAAGCUUUUACAGGUUUUCAGGUUCAUGGUCAUGAAUUCUUUCUUCGAACAUUGGCCAGAGAAACCUCUGGAAUUUCCAGUUAUCACAAUAAAAGAUCCAGACAGCGAGAAUGUGGCUGCUGUUGAGACAGAUACACUUCUGAAUGGACUAGAAAGCACUCCUGCCUCUGGAAAAAACGAAAAUGAGAGGAUUGAUGAACUUGAUACUGCUGUAGAUGAUGUAGAGUCUGGACCUAUUGAUGGUUGUGAGAGUGAUGGGGACAAUGGUGGAAGUGCAAGUUCCUCUGAAGGUGAAGAUAACCAAAAUGAAAAUCUAUAUGAAAAAUUAGAGGAAGGAGAAAUCACUGAAUAGAGAGUAGUUCCAAAUCAAACCGAUGUUUUAUGUUAAUAGUUUAUAUCAUGGCGAAACACUAGUGCGACAACUUGAUCUAUGUAUGUGAAAGGAACGCAAAAAAUGCCUUCCUGGUUUUGCUUGAUUUUGCUGUAAAAAUUCUUGUCUUGCAUGCA